GGUUCCGGUCGGACCGGAAGCACGUGGCCCCCUAUCCCGCGCGGUUGCCGGGGAGACGGGGCUGUUUACCAGCGGGCCGCGCCAGGCGCAGGAGGUGGAUGGAGCGGAGCGGCGAGGGGUCCUGAGAAGCAAUGGCCACAGAAGUCCCUGUGAACCCAGCACCACCCAAGCCCAGCGCUGUCGUCGACAUUGCAACUGGCAGCUUUCUUUGGCAGUCAAACUCCCUCAAAAUGCAUGUCAUCAGGCCCAAGUCUGCUAAGGGCCGGACGCGGCCCACUCUGCACAAACCCCAGGGGAAGGAGGACAACCCCCAGCGCACCGCUUCCCCCCGGCCACCAGCCAUUCCCUGCGAGUCUCCUGGCAGCCAGAGGCCAGGAGCCUGUGCGCCCAUUUCUCCAGCCCAGGGGGCCUUCGAGGAGAUCCCUGAACUGCUGCAGCAGGGGCCCCUCGCGGCUUCCUCUUCCCUCAAUAAGUACCCCGUCCUGCCUUCCAUCAGCAGGAGGCGCCUCCAGGAGGGGGCUGUGGACACGGUAGCCAAAAAGGCCAGUUCACUGCAACUGAGCAGCAUCCGGGCCCCUUACCAAGAGGAGGCCUGCACUGUGAAGCCAAGCAAAGAAGAUUCCAGAGCUUGCGCUGGUGCCCUGGAGAGGAAGUUUGCCACUGGAACCAAGAAGCAGGGCCCCUCCCAGGAUCGAAACCUGGAGGAACCAUCAGACCAAGAACCCAGGCUGCUGCUCGCUGUCCGAUCACCCUCAGGCCAAAGGUUCAUCCGCCACUUCCGGCCAACUGAUGACUUACAGACGGUGGUGGCUGUGGCUGAGCAGAGGAACAAAGCGAACUACCGAGGCUGCAGCAUUGAGACCAUGGAGGUGCCCCGGAGACGGUUUUCUGACCUCACCAGAUCGCUGCAGGAGUGCGGGAUCCCCCACAAGUCCGUGCUGGGCAUCUCCCAGGAGGAGAGGGAGGGGUGGCCCUGAUCCACACCACUUAGCUGGGGUCCUGGGUCUCUGAGCAUGGAGCAUGCUUGGGUGCCGGGGCCUCCCAGGCAGCCUGGCUCCGAGUGCCAUGUGAGCCCUGUGCAGCUGUGGUCCCUGGGUCCCGUCUCCACAGCAUAUCAUCUGCUGAUGUGCUGAGGGCACAGCAAAGACUCCUUGGACCACCCUCCGUGCUCUCCACCUCUGGAGCAGCUGGAAAUGUCCAAGGCUGUUCCUUAAACAGCUACAGCCAGUGUGCCGGGUCCUCCUAAAACAGAGAUUCUUUCUAGAGCAUUUCCUCUCUGAACACAAACCCUGACUCUCUUGAAGCCGAUGGUUUGCCUUUCUGUAUUUGUUGCAGGAUUAAACACUAGAGAGGAUUCUAAUCUGGUAAAUAGCCAGGGUCUAGGAAAUCUCUAACUAGCAUUUGUAUUUCUUACAAGUAUAUCUUUAAGAAACAGGCUGCUGACCUUGUCUCUGGAAGCAGCCCCUCUGCUGGGCUUGGGGGUGGUCAGUUGCUUAGGGAUUUCUAUUUGUGUGAUGAGGCAUCAAAGGGAAGACGAGGUCUUCUGCUAUUGCAAAUCCCCCAAGAUAGCACCAUUUCUACCGUCCCGGAGCCGGAGGUAGGUGCUCCCACAGCCCUGGAUUAGGCAGUGCUGCUAUUCAAUGGGGACCAACUUGGGUUUCCACUCCUGUAGCUUCUCUAUGCACACUUCCUCCAAAACUGAGAAAAGCCAAUGCAAUUUGAUUUCCUUUGCUUUCGUCACGGAUGGAAUCUUCUGUUUUUGAAAUAGACAAACCUACAAGUCUGUUCAAGUUUGUACUAAGGGCCCCUUAUAAAUAGUUUCAUUCCCCAGUUUUGGUGUCACACCCACUUCAAGCAUGGAAGGUCCUUUGAGGCAAUGACUGCACACCCUGUGCAGGAGGAGGAGCGCACCUGCCUGGGGUUGCUUUGCUGUGCCCGUGCCAAGACCACGGCCAUGAGGCAGGCUGGCUGGCACCAAGUGCCUUAGCCCCAGAUGCCCUGAAGACUGUGGCGUCCUGAUUUUCCAAGGCUGAAGUUGAGAUGUGGACAAGUUGCCAAAGUUUUCUUGUAUUGUGGGUCCAGCCAAACCUGCACAGCUCAUCUGGAUCCUUUUACUCUGAAUCACCAUUUAGAGUAAGGAACACUCAGACCUUCUGGGCACCAGCACCCUCAGAGCUUGGCCCUCACAAGCCAUGGGUACUGGUACGUUCCCCCACCUCCUAGGUACACAGGGAAGGCAAGAGUCAGGGGUUCUAACAGCAUAUACAUGUUGCUGCCUCAUCUCCAAGGACAGCUUGUGCACAGAUAUAGCCGGUGGUUGGAAAUGUGACUUCUGGUGCAUUUUGGGAAGAAGGUUGGCCUGUCCCAGCUGUACCCCAUGCCUGUCCCAGCUGUACCCAGGUCACUCAAGGCCAGGUUGGUUCUGAAAGUUUGCAAAAUUUCUUAACACUAUCCUGAUUUAGUUGGUAGCUCCUUUAAUUGGAAAGACCAAGUGGGUUGGCCUUGCUUUGGGCAGAGCUACAAAACUAGCCACCUCUUCCAAUUUUUGACCAUGACAGAAGGUCUGGGGGCUUGAGCCUGGAACCUGUGGCACAGGAACUUCACCUCCCCCCAGAUGAAGCACAAGCACAUAACUCUGCCUCUGAUCUACAACCUGGGGGAAGAGACUCCCGUAAAAUCCCACCUACUCUAUGAUAAGAAUAAAUCCCACCCACUGCGACUUGGUAAUUUCUCUAGACAGGAAAGCCUUAGCCAGCUCGAGUGACAUGCAGCCUGCCUGAAGGACCAGAACCCUCUGCCCUUAGGGGUGGGCUCUGCUCUGCAGGCUAGAACUCGGGGGUAGUGAAUAAAAUGGGAGCCAAGAAGCAGAGAAAUAUUUUUGGUAGUUGAGGAUAUGUGAAUAAAGCUAGAUUUGAACCAUCAUAAUAAACAUUUUGGACAAAAGAUGAUAAUGCUAACAAUAAAAGCUGAUUUGUGUGAAA